AUGACUGAGAAUAGUCAAAAUCCAACAGUUACAUAUGAAAAAACUGAUAAAAGAGGAGCAACUUAUUUUUCUGGGAAAAGAUUUUGUAAAAGAUUCUUUUCUAGCAAUACUUCAGAUGAAAUACCAUUAGCAAGCUUUUUAUCAUCAACAGUGAAUUUACUUAAUACGAUUAUUAGCGCUGGAGUGUUUGCUAUGCCUUAUGCUAUGUCUUUGACAGGGGUUGUUCCGGGCAUUUUUAUUAUUGUUCUUUCUGGCUUUACGAAUGCUUUAGGUCUUUAUUUUCUUUCGUGUUCUGCAGCAAAACUAGGACGUGGAGAAGCUUCGUUUAAUAGUUUAGCAACUAUGACGUUUCCUUCACUUGCAGUUGUGUUUGAUUUGGCAAUUGGAAUUCAAUGUUUUGGCGUUUGUGUGAGUUAUUUGAUUUUGAUUGGUGAUGUUAUGCCUCAGGUUGUACAAACGUUUAGUAGCAAUGCAUUAAAAGCAUCAUACUUAAUUAGCCGCCAUUUUUGGAUUAGUGUUUUUAUAUUCAUUGUAAUGCCGUUUACAUUUUUCCGUCGAUUGGAUUCUCUUCAUUAUAUAUCUAGUGUUGCUAUGGUUUCUAUUGGUUAUAUGGUUAUGGUUAUUGUUGUAUAUUUUUUUCGAGAAAAUGUUUGGAAUACAGGUGCUGAGGUUCACUUUUUUAAAGGAAAAGGAGUUAGUGCAUUGUUUUCUUCUAUAUCUGUUUUUACAUUUGCUUUUACUUGUCAACAAAAUAUAUUUUCUGUUAUUAAUGAGAUUCGUGAUAAUAGUCAUAAGAAACUUACAUCACUUAUUAUUAUAUCUAUUGGAAUAUCUGGUUUUAUAUAUAUUAUUGUGGCUGUUUUAGGUUAUCUUUCUUUCGGUAUCAAUAUUCCAGGAAAUAUAAUCUUAGCAUGUUUUUUUUCCACAUUUUUAUUUUUUUUUAUAACUGCAAUAGAUAAGUAUUCCAUCCCUGUUACUAUUGCAAGAAUUGCAAUUGUUGUCUUAAUUACGUUUUCUUAUCCUCUUCAAGUUUAUCCAUCUCGUGUAAGUUUUGAUAAAGUUUUAUUGUGGCGUCCUAGAUCUCGUGGAACUGAUAAUAAAUUACUAGCCUUUAGUGCUUUGCGAUUUAAUAUUCUUACUUGUUUGAUUCUCGUAUUCUCGUAUAUUUUAGCUAUGGCCAUAAGUUCUUUUGAGAAAGUUUUAGCGUAUGUUGGGUCUGUAGGAUCGACUAUAAUUGCCUUUAUUCUUCCUGGAUUAUUUUAUAGUAAAUUAGCGUAUAAACCUGAUGUUUUAUAUAACAAGAGCAUCCAGAGUGAUCAAGAAACUCAAGAUAAUUUGUACCUUUUACCAAAGAAAAGAUUUACUAGAGUUUGGUAUUUAGAAAAGGCUGCAUUAUUAUUAUUCAUUUAUGGGGUUCUUAUCAUGAUAAUAUGUUUAAUAUCGAAUAUAAUUCAUAGUGUUCGAGAUUCAAAGAAAAUUACAUAG